AUGACUGAACCACUGUGCUGUUCCUCUGAUGAUUCUAUCGGUCUGACCAUAGACCGUUCCUUUUCCUUUUCAUCUAUUCUCGACAAGGCCGACAGCUCGUCCCAAACCGCCAGCACAUUCGCCGUUCUGAUCAGUAUUGGACGACAGCCGUUUGCAAAGGUGCCAGAUUUGGCGAGUGGUCGAUCAUUUAUCGGGCGCAGUUCUAUCAGGCUUGCACGCGGUGCAUCUGUCACUCAAGCCCCAGAAAGUGACGAGGCGGUUGCUGCAUCAACUUCGCACCCAAAUCCCAAAUCAACUCGUCGCACUACGAGAACUUCAUCCUUUAUGAUCGAGGUUGCCGUUCCAGCGGUCAAGAUGACAGAUACAGUUUCGAGUGCCUCGUCACUUUCGCCGCCGUCCGUCGACUCAGUCUCGCGAGAGGAUAGCGUUCUUGAUACCCCGGCUACAAGCGUCGCUGUUUCUCCACCGGCAUCCGACAAUGGUGGAAAAACCAGGAAAAGGGUCAGUGCUUCGACAAGAGCCCAGCAGCUUCGUGCCAGUACCUUUGCUCUUCCUUCGUCUACGGGCUCGACGAGAACAAAGAGAACUGCCUCUCAAAUGCUCGCUACUGAAACAUCGGAUGCGGCUUUGGCUCGUGAACUACAGCUUGAAGAAUAUGGUGGAAGUAAUGCCAAACGUCAGCGAAAUACUUCUGAUGUGGAACGUAUUAUCGCCCAAGAAUCCGACGAUGAAUUAUGGCCUGAAUUUGAAGAGCAAAUGUCUCCUCAGCCGAGCCGACGACGCUCCUUACGCUCUCGCCCAAGAUUUCAGAUAAAAGAUGAUGUUGAUUUGCCCAUGCUAGACGAUGGAGAUGAUACAGACGAUGCAGACGACUAUGCUUAUUCUCCGUCUGACGACAACGCGAGCGAGGCGGAUGCGGCUUCUCCCGAAGUAGGAGAAGAAGAAGAAGAAGAAGUCCCAGUAAUCGCACCGUCGACGACUCGCCGAACUCGAACUUCUAAUACGCCACGUCGUGGCCGAGUUUCGGCUGCAGCCCGACGUCAAAGAGCCGCCGAGCCAGUACUUCCUUACACAAUGGGCCGUCGGGCAGCGAAAGAACGUAGAAAGCUUGAGAAACAGCACCCGUUGAUUAUUAGUAUGUGGAAGGACCUGGAAGAUAUGCCAGCUAUUAUCCCUCAACAGGCCGAACAACCAGCGGGUAUUAACCGCAUGCUCAAGUCAUUCCAGUUGGAAGGCCUGAAUUGGAUGAUGCAGCAGGAAAAAACCCAAUACAAAGGAGGAUUGCUAGGCGAUGAGAUGGGGAUGGGAAAGACCAUCCAGGCUGUGUCCUUACUCAUGUCUGACUAUCCCGUGGGAAAGCCAUCUCUAGUUGUCGUGCCUCCUGUUGCAUUGAUGCAAUGGCAAUCAGAAAUCAACGACUACACCGAUGGCAAGCUGAAGGUGCUCGUGUAUCACAACUCGAAUCCUAAAGUGAAGCAUCUGAAAAGAAAAGACCUUCUUGGUUACGAUGUUAUCAUGAUUUCAUACUCUGGGUUGGAAUCAAUGUACCGUAAGGAGAUGAAAGGUUGGAAUCGAGAAGAUGGCAUUGUGAAGGAAGACAGUGUGAUACAUUCAAUCGAUUUCCACCGCCUAAUUCUGGACGAAGCACACAGCAUAAAGCAACGUACAACCAGUGUCGCUCGUGCGUGCUUUGCGUUGAAGUCCACAUAUAAAUGGUGUCUGUCUGGCACGCCGGUUCAGAACCGCAUUGGCGAAUUCUUUUCUCUUCUUCGCUUCCUUGAAGUUCGCCCAUUUGCCUGCUAUUUUUGCAAAAUGUGCCAAUGUCAGGAGCUUCACUGGUCUCAAGAUGCUGAAAAGAGAUGCACGCAUUGCCGUCACAGUGGAUUUAGCCAUGUUUCAGUCUUCAACCAGGAGAUCCUUAAUCCAAUCAUGGAAAGUCAUGGGCAGGCUCGUCAUGAUGCCUUGCGCAAGCUUCGUCUCAUCACGGAUCGAAUCAUGCUUCGGCGCUUGAAAAGAGAUCAUACAUCAUCCAUGGAGCUCCCACCCAAACGUGUCAUCAUACACAACGAGUUCUUCGGCGAAAUCGAGCGUGAUUUUUCUACCAGUAUCAUGACCAACACCACUCGACAAUUCGAUACCUAUGUUAGCCGUGGUGUCAUGCUUAACAACUACGCCAAUAUUUUCGGUUUGAUCAUGCAGAUGCGGCAGGUAGCGAACCAUCCAGAUCUGAUUCUCAAAAAACACGGUGAAGGUGGGCAAAAUGUGUUGGUCUGCAGCAUCUGUGAUGAGCCUGCCGAAAGCCCCAUCCGGUCACGAUGUCAUCACGAAUUUUGCCGACAGUGUGCAAAGGACUACAUGCGGUCUUUCGACGCAGAUUCCAUUGUCGACUGCCCCCGAUGCCACAUCCCUCUGUCCAUUGAUUUUGAGCAGCCGGAGAUUGAGCAAGAGGAGGACGUGGUCAAGAAGAAUUCAAUCAUCAAUCGUAUUCGAAUGGAGGAUUGGACGUCGUCUACUAAGAUUGAGAUGCUCGUAUAUGACCUCUACAAGCUGCGAAGCAAGAAGCAGACCCACAAGUCGAUCGUCUUCUCACAGUUUACAUCAAUGCUACAACUAGUGGAAUGGCGUCUGCGCCGAGCUGGUUUCAAUACCGUCAUGUUGGAUGGUAGUAUGACUCCCGCACAACGUCAGAACUCCAUAGACCACUUCAUGAAGAAUGUAGAUGUCGAAGUAUUUUUGGUGUCCCUCAAGGCUGGUGGAGUGGCCCUGAAUUUGACCGAAGCAUCUCGUGUCUUCAUUGUUGAUCCAUGGUGGAAUCCCGCAGCUGAGUGGCAGAGCGCCGACAGGUGCCAUCGAAUUGGCCAACGCCGCCCGUGUGUCAUCACUCGACUUUGUAUUGAGGACUCGGUCGAAUCUCGCAUGGUCGCUCUUCAGGAAAAGAAGGCUAACAUGAUCAAUGGCACGAUUAACAAAAAUGAGGGCGAUGCGUUGGAGAAACUGACACCCGAAGACAUGCAGUUCUUGUUCCGCGGCUCGUAA